AUGUCAACACAACUGCAGGAUCACCAGCUCUCUUCCACGGACUCAGCACAGCAACAACAACAACAACUACCUUCACGAUCCACGUCGGACGUUUCCGUUGCUUCCUCUCCAUCACCACACUCCAAUUCCAUACAACCACCAACAUUCAAAGCAACACCUCUCUACACGAUCGAUCUCAACACUCCACCCCGGCAACGAUGGCAACCCAUCGUACGGGAAUAUCUCAACGAGAUGAAACCACUCAAGAACUAUAUUGACCAAAUGGCCCACGAACAAGCAGGUUGGUUUGGUAAAUUGGGAAUGAAAAUUUCAGGAUGGGCCAGUCAACAACUCUUAACCACCGUGUCGGAUUCCAUCGUGGAGGAAUUGAAAGGCAUUGCCGAAUUAACUCAACCUGCAUUCGGUCUUUCAUACAGUGACUUGUUGAAUUUAAAUUUGGGAUAUAACUUUUUAGCCAUGUGUUCUUCGAUUGCUGUCAAGGAAUUUAACAGGGGUGAGUCGAAAUCAACUUUGGGUAGUGGCGAGCCAAAAUCAACAACAUCUCGUGCAUUGGAUGGAGUGUAUCAUUUGCGAAAUUUGGAUUGGGAUGUGGCCAUUGCAGAACCUUUUCGUAAUUUGACCAUUGAUGUGGAAUUUGUGAGAGGUUCUCAAUUAAUCUAUCGUGCCACAACAUGGGUUGGAUUUAAUGGCUUUCUGACUGGUAUGAGAUAUCGACAGUUCAGUACUACUAGUAGUGACAACACCAACACAACCACAUCGAAUGGCACAACCACAUGCACGGCCACUCCUUUCAGCAUUUCCCUCAAUUAUCGAAAAAACAAAGACUCGAAUGAAAUUGUUGGCUUUGUAAAGAAUGUAUUGGCAGGUUUCAUGAAUUAUUAUCCUGCCGAAUAUUUGAUACGAAAAUUGUUGGAAGAUGCCGAUUCCUUAGAGACGGCACUGAGAUGGAUCGAUCAUUAUCCCAUGAUGGCUCCAUGUUAUUUGGUGUUGUGUGGAGAGGAGAAUGCCUACUUGUUGAGUAAGACUCGUACCAGUGAUUUGAAUCGAUUACAACUCAAGCAUGAAAUGCACAAGAUGAUGGAAAAAGUUGUUCAGCAACAACAACAACAAACAGGAGCCGAACAAUCUCAACCAUCUUCUUCAAAAUCAGUGGCAUCCAAUGUACAUCAGACACAACAAGCACCACCACAGAGAGCCUUUCUCGUUCAGACCAAUAUUGAUCACUGGGAAACGAGUGUGGAUAAAGAAUGGGCCGGGGAUGAUGCUCUGUUACAUAAUUCCUUAGAUAGGAAAUGUGCAGCUCAAGCCUAUCUGAGCCAAUCCAUUGAGGAUUAUUCCAAAUUGAAACUCGUUGAGAAUACUUCAAAGGAACAGCUCUCCAGCCAAAUCCACAACUCGAAAAUCAUGUCCCAAAGUGCUCAUUUCCGCAACAUUCCUCAUGACACUUCAUAUUUCAAUUUUCUCAUGCAAUGCAUCUCGAAUUAUCCGAGUUGCAAUCAAGAAACAGUCUAUCAAGUCAUUUGCAAUCCAAAGAAUAAUUUUUACUUUUCCCGAAUUAUUUACAAUCCACCUACAGAUCCUUCCAAUAAUUAUUUGUAUUGA